AACACUUAUAUUAGUAGGCGUUAUCCUUGUUGACAUAGAAAGAUAUACUUAUAAAACGUGUUUCAAUUAUUUUAAUCAUACAUGGUUGACUACGCUCAUCUAAACUAGCUUUCGAAACACUAUUUUCACACUUGUCAGUUUCCAGUGUCUGUUGGGAUUUUUUCCAAGCACUAAGUGCGUAACGAAGCAAGUUAUUUUUAUUGAAUCGUAGUUGACCGCGUGUAGUCGUCUCGUCAAAUAUGACGAUCUCUUCACUUAAUGUUACAACUGACUGAAGAGAAAGAAGAAAAAAGAUUAUCAAAUUAACUAAUCAAGGUCAUCUACAUCAUCAGCUAUUAUUUUGAUCUGUCGCUUAUUGUUAUUGAACUUUCACUAUAUUUCUUUAAAGUUUUCGUUUGUAUUUAUAUUAUUGUAUAGCGUACAAUAAUUCUCAUUUGGAUUAAUCCUCAUAGAUUAACUUUAGAUCACCAAACCUUUUCCAAUGCCUCUCACCAGCCAAGGGAAACCUGUUUCUAGGCGCUGUUUUUCGAGGGCAAAUGGUACUGCCUUGAGAACUACACUGGACUUCAACAGUAGUGGCAGUGCUGAAGAUAUGAUGGAAGAUGAAGAUGAGGAAGAUUCCUUACCAACCAAGCAUGACAAACGGCACGAAGAUGCCGAUAACCGUUCUUUCCUUCGAAUAUCUCUUGACCUAUAUAAUGACUCUGCUAUUGUUGCUGACCUCCUCGAAGAAGAUGAUGAUGUUAUGGCCACAAAUUUACCAAGCCAAACACCCAACAGAAAGAUAUUCAAUACUAGCCACAACAGUCCCUUCCGCUGGAGACGUGCGGUUACUACAGGCGGACGUAUAACAAGGUCUAAGAUUGAGUCAGGUGGUGCAAUUCCUUUUAAUCCCGAAAUGGAGAUAUCUGCUAUUGUCGAUUUCAACAGUAGUCAAGAAAGUGGUUUAAGUACUCCCCAACUUGAUACCAGUGGCUGUGAUACACCAUCAAGGCAAAUGUCUCCCUUAAAUCAUAAGUCGACACCUGCAACUCAAUCACCCCCAGAAAUGUUGUCGUGUCUAUCUCCUCCGCAUCGAAAGUUUCGGGCACUACGAUUGUUCGACACCCCUCACACUCCACAGACUCUGUUAUUAAAUGUGAGGAAGAAGGACAAGUAUGCUGGUGAUCGAACCAAGGUUAAAUGUCUUCGGAAAAAAAAAAUUGAAAGGCUAGAGGCCAAUAUUAAUCCAUUUACAACAUCCAUAACAUGUCGAGCAUCUGGCGAGAAGCGAACUCGAUCCCAAAGUGACAAAUAUUGUGACAUUUUGAAUGUUGUGGAAGAAAUCGACUGUCCUCAACCAAAGAAAUUGGCUUUGCGUGAAAUUAGUACUUCAAGAUAUAAAGAAGAGUUUUUUGAAGUUUGUAAACUCGGUGAUGGAGAAUUUGGUAGUGCCUACAAAUGUGUUAACAGACUUGAUGGUUGUAUAUAUGCAAUUAAAAAGUCCAAGAUGCCAGUUGCUGGCAGUCAAUAUGAACGUGUUGCUUUGAAUGAAGUUUAUGCACAUGCAGUGUUAGGACAGCAUCGCCAUGUUGUACGCUACUAUUCAGCUUGGGCAGAAGAUGACCAUAUGUAUAUACAAAAUGAAUUUUGCAAUGGUGGCAAUUUAGCAGAAGCUGUUCAGAAACCAGCAUCACAAAGAAACUUAAAACACAUCAUAUUUCAAAUUGCUAAUGGACUUAAAUACAUACAUUCUAAAGGUUUAGUCCACCUUGACAUAAAACCAGGCAAUAUUUUUGUCCACAAAGAAGAAACAGUUGAAAGUGGGACAGAAUCAUGUAGCGAAGAUGAUCCAGAUUUCUCUCCGCAAAUCACCUAUAAAAUAGGAGAUUUAGGACAUGUGACGAAAGUUUCAAAUCCUAGAGUCGAAGAAGGAGACUGUCAUUAUCUCCCAAAAGAAAUUUUAGCUGAAGAUUUUAGGAAUUUAUACAAGGCUGAUAUCUUCUCAUUAGGACUUACUGCUUAUGAAAUGGGUGGUGGUGGUCCUUUACCAAAGAAUGGUGACCUUUGGCACAGUAUUCGAGAAGAUGGUUUGCCAUAUUUAUCACAUUACUCUGCUGAAUUUAAUAAGCUGUUAAAUACCAUGGUUCAUGUAAAUGCGGAAUAUCGACCAACUGCAUUUGCUCUCACCAAAAGCCAAGUUUUAUGUCCACAAGCAAUGAAAACUAAAACUCAACUUUGCAAAGAAUUAAAUGAAGAAAAACUUAGGAACCGGUUACUCUCAAAGCAACUAGAAUCCAAAAAGUGCUGCUGUAAAAUUCCAACUGAUAACUGUUUAGGACAGAAAUGUAAAUCUUCGAGAUUAAUAGGCCAUGGCAUUAAACGGAGUUACAGUUUGUCGGAUAUCUAAACAGAAGCUUAUAGACCAACUUUUUUGUUUUCCUCUCAAAUUA